UUAUCUGGUUUUUCUCAACACUUUCUGUAAAAAUUCAGCGUGUAAGCAACUCAAGUAACUUUUUAAGUAGUAAUUACUGUUUAGUUCCUUUUUCUGUAUAACACCCUGCACAAAACCACUCGCCGCAAUGUCCGCAACGGAUUCGGCCUCCCUGGAGGACACCGCCACCGUCGGCUUCCAAAUCAUCGCCCUGGCCAAAGAUAAACCGGGCGGCAUCAACAACGACGAUUUGGUGGCCGCCAUUCCGGACGUGAAACCGGAACACCGGGUCCAGGCGUUGAACAAACUGCUACAGGAGGGAGUGCUGGAGAUUCUGAAGAAAGGUGCGACGCUAAUCUACCGGUUAAAGGAUCCGUCGAAAAAGUCCACCGCUCCGAAGGACAUCGACAAUGAGGAGAAGAUAAUUUAUAACAUUAUCGAGGAGGGAGGAAACAAAGGCAUCUGGAUCAGGGAUAUCCGGGUGAAGUCGAACCUGAUCAUGACCCAGCUAAACAAGGUGCUCAAGCAGCUGGAGAACAAGAAACUGAUCAAGGCCGUGAAGUCGGUCAAUGCCAGCAAGAAGAAAGUCUACAUGUUGUACAACCUGGAGCCGGAUCGAUCCAUUACCGGAGGCGCCUGGUACCAGGAUCAGGACUUUGAAGCCGAAUUCGUGGACGUCCUCAACCAGCAGUGCUUGCGAUUCCUCCGGAUGAAGCGCGAAUCGGCCAAGGAGUGCCGCGACGGACCGCUGGCGGUCCAAAAGCUAUCCUACUGUUCGGUGGGAGACGUGCACAAGUUUAUCUCCGAUCUGGGCAUCAGCAAGAUCAGUCUGGACGAGGACGAUCUGGAGACCAUCCUGAAGACGGUGGUUUACGACGGGAAGGCCGAGUCGAUUCCCACGGCGGAGGGGAAAUAUCUGUACAAGGCGAUCGAGGCUCCGCUGUCGUCGCCCGGAUUGGUCCAGAUGCCGUGCGGAAUUUGUCCGGUGAUUCGGAACUGCUCGGACUGCGGCGCGAUUACACCGAAACUGUGUUCGUACAUUAACGAGUGGUUGGAUUAGAUAGACUGUUAUUUGGUAUUAA